CCAGGUGCCAAGAUCUAAGAAUGUUCCCAGAUUGGGCUAAAGGGGAGGAGUAGAGAGUCUGCUAAGGUGGCACAGGGGAGGGUGUAUUUUAGAAACCAUUGCUGUCAUACAGAUUGAGGCGUGGAGUUUUAUAGGAGGGAGGAGCGCUCAGCAUGCUGCCUACCCCAGGCCUUCAGUGGUGGCCCUAAGGCUCCUUUCAGUCACAAGUUUGUAAAAAGAAAGGAAGGAAGGGAGGGAGGAAGGAAGGAAUUUAAAAAAAGUCUGCCAGUUUUUUAUAAAGCAUCCCGGCUAACUUUUUGACAUCUCGCGCGCCAGGGACCUCCUCACCAGGUGAAGGGUCUGGUCACCGCCCAAAGCGACCACAGACGUGACUCGCGCGCGCGGGGACGCCACACGGUUUCGUUUCCGAGGCCGCCCGCCCGCCACCCGCGGGGAGCGCGGGCCGGGGACGGUGGGCGCGCUCCGGGCAGAGUCGCCAGGAGGCUGCGGGCCGCGGGGGCGGCGGGCAUGGCCGAGGCGCGGCCCGGGCUGGCGACCGGGCCGGAGCUCAACGCGCUGCCGGACCACUCGCCGCUGCUGCAGCCGGGCGUGACCGAGCUGCGGCGCCGGGCCCGGGAGGCUGGGGUCCCGCUCGCCACGCUGCAGCUCACCGACGCCUUCUUGCUGCGGUUCCUGCGCGCCCGGGAUUUCGACCUGGACCUGGCCUGGCGGUUACUAAAAAACUAUUAUAAGUGGAGGGCAGAAUGUCCGGAAAUAAGUGCAGAUCUACACCCUCAAAGUAUUCUGGGCCUUCUGAAGGCUGGCUACCAUGGAGUCCUGAGAGCCCGGGACCCCACCGGCAGCAAGGUUCUUAUUUACAGAAUCGCACACUGGGACCCAAAAGUUUUUACAGCUUAUGAUGUAUUUCGUGUAAGUCUAAUCACAUCUGAGCUUAUUGUACAGGAAGUAGAAACUCAACGGAAUGGAAUCAAGGCUAUCUUUGAUCUGGAAGGUUGGCAGUUUUCUCAUGCUUUUCAAAUUUCCCCAUCUGUAGCCAAGCAGAUUGCUGCAGUACUUACAGAUUCCUUUCCAUUGAAAGUUCGUGGAAUCCAUUUGAUAAAUGAACCAGCAAUUUUCCAUGCUGUUUUUUCCAUGAUUAAACCAUUUCUGACUGAAAAAAUUAAAGGACGGAUUCAUAUGCAUGGGGACAAUUACAAACAAAGCUUACUUCGGCAUUUCCCAAACAUUCUUCCGGUGGAAUAUGGUGGUGAAGAAUUCUCCAUAGACGACAUUUGUCAGGAGUGGACAAAUUUUAUAAUGAAGUCUGAAGACUAUCUCAGCAGCAUUUCUGAGAUCAUUCAAUGAGAAGACGUUAUUUCAUGUGAAUAGCUUUCUAAUUAAACAUACAUGAAUGAGAUUCUACUUGGAUAUGGAAAUGAAAGAAAAAAAAACAAAUCUUUUAAACUAAUAAAUUCUUGUCUGAUCUUUAAAAUACUAAAAUCUUUGGCAAUGAGGAACAUGGGAUAUUUGGGAAACGUUUUUACUCUCUAAAUUUUCUUUUGGCUGAUUUUUGCACUUGAGGAGAUAACAUUGAGAUGGGUGCCAGCAGCCUCAUCACCCCCAUAAGAUGGAUACUGCCUGCCCCCGAUUUGCACCAGGGGGCUGCGUAGGAUAAAAUAUGAAAGCACAAACAGAUGAGACUACCGUAACUCUGAAAUGAUGACAGACACCCUUACUCUUAGAUUGGUCCAAAUAGGGCCCAAACAGGAUAAGAUAAGAACCAAUGGGCCUUGGGCGGUGCCUGUGGCUCAA